ACCGUAGGUACAUAGUCUAUUUUAUAUCAAAAGUAAUCGACAAAUUGUGACACCUCAAAACCAGGCCCCGGUCUGCUUAGGAGAGAAACGCUAAUUGUGUUUAAAGGGGCCUCUACACGGGCAACACUUAAUAAAAUAUGUGGAGCUACAUCAUGGCCGACUGUAUCCCGAAAAUACAGAAAGCAUUUAAGUGCAGUAUAUGUCUGAAAAUGUAUAUUAUAUCUCGGCAACAUUACUGCAACAGCAUAUGCCUCUCUAUAGCGCUAGUCGAACUAAUCGUGGCAAACUUUACGUAGCAUGAAAAAGGGACGCACUUAGGCUGUAACGCGAGACAUCAAUAAUAUGGCUGAGAAAUAUUGCAGUAUUUUAGAUUGCAAAGCAAUGGGACAGUAAACAUUCAAAAUAUUAGCAAUAUACUAAAAAUAUUUCCGAAUAUUGCAUAGUCGUAUGUUGGUUGAUGCUACCAGCCACACCCUUGCUCCCGUCUAGGAGCCACCUAAGGCAAAUAACUAAAGUUGUUUGCCAAGUAUUACCAAUGCUUCUACAUAAAAAAUUAUCGAUUUUUGUUAAUACGAUCACUACGAUUUCUCGUGCUAGUCUAAAUUGCUUUAACGACAUGUUUUACUAAAUUAAUAAAAGUACUAAUUUGUCGUAAUUACAUUCCAACAUAUUGCCGAUACUUUCUAUCAAUUGAUUCCAAUUAUUAUUUCUCGGGAACUCUCUCCACUAGUGUACUGACGAAAUUAUCCUAUGAUCGCAUGUUUUGCGAAAUUUCAUAUCGCAACUUUUCAUUGUCGCCAUGUAUGUCCAUAAUAUAACAAACAUUACACACAACAAUCUGGAAAAAAAUAAUUCAUAUGGCACAUAGCCCUUAAAUCUGGCUGCAUCUCCUCGCUGUUGCAAUUAUAAUUAAUAUAUUGCAGUAUAUUGUUAUCAAUUUGAUAAUAAUAGCAAUAGCACUGCGAGAUUAAAUAAAUAGCGUGUGGCAUUAUACUGAUGCGGUACAAGUAUAGGAAUAGUUUUACGUAUACACAACGUAUUCCUUGAGUACUAUUUAAAUAUUUAUCACUAUCUCCAACUGCGAGUGUAUCAAGUGGGUCGCCCCCUCACGUCCCCGAUCUAGCCACUAGCCACUUGCCAGUUGAUCGUCAGAUAUUGUUAGGGAAGGUUGUGACAUAUCUGUUAUUCAUCAACGGAGUUUUUCCGACAAUUUAUCAGUGAAAACAUGAAUAUUGAAGACUUUCUGCCGUCUCAAAAGACUACCAUAUUGGUAUUUUUUGUAAAUGGAAAAAAGGUAAUUGAGCCGCAGCCAGAUCCUGAAUGGACGUUACUAUGGUACUUGAGAAAGAAACUUCACCUAACCGGCACCAAGUACGGUUGCGGAGAAGGCGGCUGCGGCGCCUGCACAGUUAUGAUAUCGCAAUACAUCAGAGAUUUAGAUCGAAUCAAACACUUCUCAGUUAACGCAUGUUUGAUGCCGCUAUGUGCAGUUCAUGGAUUGGCGGUUACAACAGUCGAAGGGAUUGGGUCAACCGAGGAUAAGUUACAUCCGGUACAAGAAAGAAUCGCUAAAGCACACGGUUCACAGUGUGGCUUUUGUACACCUGGAAUUGUUAUGUCUAUGUAUGCGUUACUCAGGACAAAAAAUAAAAUCGAUUAUAACGAUAUAGACACAGCCUUACAGGGAAAUCUCUGCAGGUGUACCGGAUAUAGACCUAUCAUAGAAGGAUUUAAAACGUUCAUGGAAGAGUGGGAAUAUCACCAUGAUAUACAAUCUGACGGAAAACAAAAUAAAUCCCCUUGUAUGAUGGGAAAAGACUGCUGCCGUGUUAAUCGAGAAGACGAAGAAAAUGAAUCUAGACUCUUUAACAAAUCAGACUUUACACCAUAUAGUCCAAGUCAAGAGCCAAUUUUUCCUCCCGAAUUAAAGGUUAAUAGCAACGAAUAUGAUUCGAUUUUAACAUUCUUUAGAACUUCCAACAUGACAUGGAUUCGACCUGUGACAGUGACGGAAUUACUUGUAUUAAAGAAACAGUUUCCAACUAGUAAACUCGUUGCGGGGAACACUGAAGUUGGCGUGGAAGUAAAAUUUAAGAAAAUGGUUUAUCCAAUACUGAUAUCACCGUUAUUAUUAAAGGAAUUGAAUUUCAUACGACUUACAGAAGAAGGAAUUCAAAUUGGUGCUGCUACCACGUUAAGUGAAGUUAUGUCAUUUAUGUCGGAUUUUAUUAUAAAAGAUAAAGAGAGAGGGAAAACUUUUGACGCCAUUAAGGAAAUGUUGCACUGGUUUGCAGGGACUCAAAUUCGUAAUACGGCAUCUUUGGUAGGUAAUAUUAUUACAGCAAGUCCCAUUUCUGAUUUGAAUCCUAUACUGUUGGCUUCGUCGGCAUCAAUUAUUGUCAAAAGUCUAGAUCGAGGUGAGAGAAAAGUUUUAAUUGACAGCAGUUUCUUUAAAGGAUAUAGGAAAGUAGAUCUUAGUGAUGAUGAAGUUGUGUUAUUUGUACAAAUACCUUUCACAAACAAAGAUCAAUAUAUAAAAGCAUAUAAACAAGCAAAACGAAGAGAAGACGAUAUUUCUAUUGUUACGACAGCUUUUUAUGUUGAGUUUGAAAAUGAUAACUUAAGCAUAGUAGAUGCAAAGUUAUGCUUUGGAGGUAUAGCUCCUACCACAGUAUGUGCUAUAAAAACGUCUAACUUAAUGAAACAAAAAAGUUGGGAUGAAGAUCUCCUAAGAUGCGUUUUUGAUUCUUUAACUGAAGAAUUUCAGUUAGACAGCUCAGUUCCGGGAGGAAUGGCUGAAUACAGAAAAUCGCUCUGUCUUAGUCUUUUUUUCAGAUUCUACUUACAUGUAUUAGAAACAAGAAGUAUUAAUGGUACAAGACCAAGUAAUUUUACGUUGUCUGGAAGUGAUCAAAUUGCUGCUUUUCAUCCUAAAAGUUCGCAAUGUUUUGAGAUAAAAAAUAAUUCUCGAAAUGUAUAUGAUGCCGUUGGAAAACCGAUCGUUCAUAUGUCUGCUCUUAAACAAGCUACUGGAGAAGCAAUCUACUGUGAUGAUCUUCCAUCGAUGGAAGAAGAGCUUUAUUUAGUUUUGGUGUUUAGUAAAGAAUCUCACGCUAGAUUAAAAUCUAUAGAUGCAAGUCAGGCUUUGUCAAUGCCAGGAGUGGUUGCUUUUUUUUCGGCAGCAGAUAUAUCAAAGGGUCAUAACAAAAUGGGUGCAGUUGUAAAAGAUGAAGAAGUUUUUGCUGAAGAGAUCGUUACAAGUCGAUCUUGUGUCAUAGGAGCUGUUGUAGCAAAAACUGAGCAAAUAGCGAGGAAAGCAAAAGAUCUAGUAUCAAUAACGUAUGAAAAGCUAGAGCCAGUUAUAGUAACUAUCGAGGAUGCUAUAGCUCAUAAAUCCUAUUUCCCUGACACAUAUAGAGAACUUGUCCAUGGAGAUGUAAAUGGAGCUUUAAAACAAUCGGAAAAGAUAAAAGAUGGCUAUGUGAGACUCGGUGCACAGGAACAUUUCUAUCUAGAAACUGUAUCGGCGCUUGCCGUGAGGAAAGAAGAUGAACUAGAAAUAAUCUGCAGUUCACAAAACCCUGCCGAAGUUGCGCUCACAGUUUCAGAAGUUUUAAAUGUACCACAUCACAAAAUUUGUGCCAAAGCUAAACGCCUUGGUGGUGGUUUUGGCGGUAAAGAAACAAGACCUAUGAUACUUAUAGGACCAGUGGCGCUAGCCGCUUAUCGUUUGAAAAAACCGGUCAGAGGUGUCUUAGAUCGAGAUGAGGAUAUGCAAGGAUCAGGAUACAGGCAUCCAUGUUUGAUAAAAUAUAAAGUAGGGUUUGACAACACUGGUAAAAUCAAGGGCGCUCUAUUUGAUGUUUAUGCCAAUGGAGGAAACUAUUCUGAUAUAUCUAGCUCCAUGUUGGAGAGGCUUAUGACGCAUCUUGAUAACUGUUGUAAUAUACCUAAUGUGCAGAUAAACCUUAACUUAUGUAAGACAAACACUCCCUCAAAUACAGCGUUUCGAGGUUUCGGAGCACCUCAGGCCAUGUUUGCUACAGAAAAUAUGCUAAGAGAUAUAGCAACAGCAUUAAACAAAGAUUAUGAAGAUAUCUUCAAUGUAAAUAUGUACCGUGAAGGAGAUUUUACUUUCUACGAUCAAGAACUAAUACACUGCACCGUAUCUAGAUGUUGGUCCGAGUGUAUUGAAUCCUCAAAUUAUUGGCAGAGAAAGAAAGAAGUUGAAGAAUUUAAUAGAUUGAAUCGAUGGAAAAAGAAGGGAAUUACCAUCCUUCCAACAAAAUAUGGAAUAUCGUUUCAAGUUGAUGUAUUAAUGCAGGGCGGUGCAUUAAUAUUAGUGUACACAGACGGUUCAGUCCUCUUAUCCAUCGGAGGCGUAGAAAUGGGACAAGGACUCUUCACUAAAAUGAUACAAGUAGCAUCGCGCGUCUUAGAAAUCGAUGUCUCCAGAAUUCACAUCAGCGAAAUGUCAACAGACAAAGUCCCAAACAGUUCCCCUACGGCGGCUAGUGUCAGUUCAGAUUUAUAUGGAAUGGCCGUAUUAAAUGCGUGUACAACUAUCAAACAACGUUUGGAACCAAUCAAAGCAAAGAAUCCAGGAGGUAAAUGGGAAGAUUGGGUUGGUACUGCAUACGUUGAACGAGUCAGUUUGUCUGCAACAGGUUUCUAUGCCGCUCCAAAAAUAGAAUUUGACCGAGACACUAAUUCUGGUCGCCUAUUUGAGUAUUUUACAUUCGGAGUGGCGUGUUCCGAGGUUAUUAUCGACUGCUUAACUGGAGACCAUCAGGUGCUGCGUACUGAUAUCGUCAUGGACCUUGGGGAGAGUCUUAACCCAGCGAUAGAUAUAGGUCAAAUCGAAGGAGGCUUCAUGCAAGGAUAUGGUCUCUUUACUAUAGAAGAAAUGUUAUAUUCACCGACAGGUGAAAUCCUGUCACGUGGCCCUGGGGCAUACAAAAUCCCAGGCUUCUCUGAUAUACCAAAAGAGUUUAACGUGUCGUUACUAAAGGGCGCUCCAAAUCCACGAGCUGUGUACUCGUCAAAGGCAGUAGGUGAGCCACCAUUGUUCCUAGCUGCCUCCGUUUUCUUCGCGAUAAAAGAGUCUAUCAAAUCAGCACGUUUAGAUGCAGGUGUCGAUGCAGAUUUCGUAUUGGAAGCACCUGCUACAUGUGCUCGAAUCAGAAUGGCGUGUGAAGACCACAUCACGCAACAGGUUAAGCCAACAGUAAAGACUGUCGGACGACCGUGGAAUGUCAAUCCGUAAAGGUUCCAAAAUGGCGAUGACAAUUGACAAUGAAAAAUCAACUGAGUUUUGGAAAUAUUAUAUUUACUCUUUAAAAUAUCACUAAGGUUUAUCACGUUUUUAGUUACCGAUAAAAAUAGUAUAAUAUUGUUUUAUAUUAAAUAUUUUUAUAACGGUUAUAAGAGAAUUGAUAUGUUAGUUUUUGUACCAUUUCGUUUUUAUUUAUAAAGCUUAUUUCUUAUUUUUAUAUCAUUAGUAAUCUAUUAACACUAAGUUGUAGGUAGCUACCUUCACAAUUUAAAACAAAGGACAAAUACGUAAACCUCUGCAAUGCAUUAUUUAAACAAAAGUGGGCCAGUAAUAUUUUUAAAUUUAUUCAUUAUACAGAAUAAUAUAAUCUUAAUCAUGAUAUGUACAUUAGAAAACUGUUGUUUGUAUUGCGUUACGGCUCAGGUCUGUACGUCAUGCUCAACUAGUUUUUAUGAUAUCUCAGUCUCUUUUCUGUUCAAAAAUUUCUCUUCCUUAAUUUUUAUAUGAGUCGAGCACAUUUCUCGAGACAACGUGAGGAUUUGCAGUUUAUUUUAAUUAAAAAUGAUUUGCCAUAAUAUAAAAUAUAUUUCAACGACAUAUACUUUAGUAUAUAGCCGACUGUUUGUCAAAUGUUUUAAAAGGCAAUAAUAAUGAUAUACACUCAAAGUUAUACGUAGACUAAGGUACACUAAUAGCCUUAAUCAUACAAUCUAAGGGUGAGACUCAGAAAUGAGACUGUCAUACGCUAGCGCGUAAUAUGACACUCAUAUGUCAAAUAUUUGACGUAUAGGCAUCAGACUGACAGACAUCUCGUUCAAUCGUGUCUGAAUCUUACUCAAACGUGCUCGUUUUUUUACGAAUCACACUCACUGAACUUUAAUGGAAUUUUGAAUAUGUUUAAUAUUUCAGAUUGUUAAUCUAAUUAAUAAAAUUAUUUACAUCUUG